AUGGAAGCAACGACCGCCCCGUCCCUGGAGGGUACCGAGCCGCAUUGCAUCUUUGCUGUCAAGUGCGUUUGCGUUGCUGUUGGCAGCACCCUCCCCCGGGUGGAGUGUGGUACCUGA